GCACGCAACGGGGCGCUGCGAUUGGCUAAAAAAUGCAAACACGAGUUGUUUGGCCACGCCUCAAUUUCCCGGCGCAGCAUAUAAACUGGCGGUGCGCAUGGAACAACACACAGAACUGUCAUUGCAGUGUGAUUGAAACGAUCUCUUUCGGAUUUUAUCCAUCUACCACGCUACUCCAAAUCAAAAUGAAAGUUGUUGGACCUACCUGCGCACUGAAGAGCAAGGUUGGCGGAGAGGACGUUGUGCGCUGUCUGGCUGAUCAGAGUUUGGCCAUCUCCAAGUGCAAGAUCCCGCUGUUGGACGACCAGAUGUCCGCUUUCUUGCAAGACAUGAACAGCUGCUACAGCAAGCUCAAGGAACUUGUACCGACGCUGCCUGCUAACAAGAAGGCUUCCAAGGUGGAGAUCCUCCAGCACGUCAUUGAUUACAUCUGGGACCUGCAGAUCGAGCUGGACGAGCCGGGCAAGACCCGCCAGGCAGGGGGCAACGCGCCACGCACGCCCCUGACCACCCUCAACGCGGAGUUGGCAAGCAUCUCUGUAGAGAAUGGAUGCUCAGAUGACGGGAUCAUGUGCCGCUAAGAGCCAGGAGCUGCCACUUCAACAGCCAGCAGUAAAAGCUUUGGACAGAAACUGAACAAGGAUGGAGACAGUGACUGCUUGAUCACUUCGAGAAACCUUGAACCGAGUAGGGAAAUCCACACAUUCCCGCGUUAGAGAUAAAAAAGACUGUACCUAUUGCCUGUGGUGGCAGAGGAACGACUAGAGGACCAAGAUGAAGCGGCCUAAGUGUCUACAUGAGCCGGGCAGCCUACGGGGAUGAAUCAAUAGACAGCUGGGCACAUCCGUGGGAUCCAUGGCACCCAACACGUCUGUCCCCCCGGCGCGCGAGCUCCAGUUUGGGUCUCCUUCAGUAUAGUUACUCGUUGUAGCUUAUAAACGUCAACAGUUGUUAGUAAGCCUACGUUAUUUUGUCGAAGAGGUCAAUUUCUCAGAUUACUGAGUGAAAUUAUGUAUUGUAUAUUACAAUGACAUACAAUGUGAACGUCCUAUUGUGUUUUCCACAAUGUAUCUGAUAUGUGUUUUUAUUAAAACAAAAAACUAUCAUCACACUUUCUCUGACUUGAG